AUUUCCAGUGACGAGUGACAGAUGGACUGGCUCUGCUGCUUCUGCCGGCCGACGGAGAGCGAAGACCUCUCCAGAGAGACGGAAGGCAUUCUGCGCGAGGGAGACACUGCCGAACCAUCUGACUCUGUCCCUGCAGCAGUUUCAGAUCCCUUUCGCCGCGGUGAUGAUCCUGCCCUGAAUGAGCCGUCCGGAGCGGUUCGUUCAGCUGUUAGUUCUCGUUCCUCUUCUGAAGGAUGUCUCGACGAACGCCGUCCUCCCGCGGUCGAUCGCCCUUCCUCCACUCCAACAGGCGGUCUCGAAGUCUCUCGUUGUGUCGUAGAUGGUCGUUCUCCUCCCUCUCCAUCUCCCUUUUUCUCCUCCGUCAUAGAUGGCCCUUCUUCUACAAGUGUGCCUCCUCAUGAGUCCUUAGCCAGUCCUACUCUCUCAGGUAUUAAACCGGACGUCAGGCAACUGCCCUCGCCUGCCACAUCUAAACCAUCCGCCUCUGCUGCACCACAGUCCGGUCUCUUUCAGUCUUUUGCUCAGACCCCUUUUUCCCAGGAACGCAAUCCCUGUGCACGGGCAUCUUGUUUGUAUAAUAAGCCAGGGCGUUUAUGCACUAUAUUCGACCAGAGGUACGUUUACAUUGGCCAUAAAGAUACCUUCAUCUUGGUGGAACUGAAAAGACGAAUAUCAUGCGGCCUUCUUUUAGGGACAAGAUUAGUGUGGAAGCAAAGGAAGCCACAUCUUCUCUCAGAUCUCGCUGAUGGAGCCAAUGUGGUAUGCGAUGCCCUUUCCCUGCCCGAUACCCACGGAUUCCAUGCCUUAGUCGUCUGGCAGGGCACUAAACCUAAUUUGAUUGAGGAACCAGCUGAGGAGGGAGAGGUCAUGAUGUUAGAAAGAUAUGAUCUGCAAGUGACAGGUAUAGAAGCCAGUGAAGGCGGCGGAGGAAGCAUGGAUGUUGAUAUAAAGGGCAAGUCACUUAAAGUCAAGUUCAUGGAAGAAGUCGUAUUUGUAGACGGACAGAGGUCAAGUAUUAUUGAUAUUUUUACAUCAUUCUACAAGUUCAACUACAGUGUUUUUGCUACAGUUCAUAAGGUACUGGCAGGGGGCAGUGGAGAAAAUUUAUCUUACAUCUGCUCAUGUAUCUGGACGGGCACACGACCCACAGCAGACCUGUUGGUUAAGAUAGAGCAAGGAGACAUCUUUAAUAAAAAUGAAAGUGGGACCUAUGUGAAGUGUACUGCCUCACAAAGUGUGUACUGUGAUCUUCCUGCAAUACUGAAGACGUCAGAUCAGGGUAGACAGAUCGUACUUCGAUAUGGAGAUGAAGUCAGACAUUUGCCUGUUAGGAAUGAUGACAUCUUUUAUGAAAGUGAAAGAAACCUCUCUCCAUUACCAUCCGAAACUACUGUCUUGGCACAUAUAUUGAGCCUCAAAGGGGGGAAUAGACCUUGUGUUCUAAAGGUUAUCGGGGUCCAUUUAACAAGAGGAAGUACACAAAAAUCUAGAGCUUCCAAAUCGAAUGAAAACGAGAAAGUCUUAAACUUUAUUUCGGAGACCAAAGAAAUCUCUAAGCAGUCGAAGAGUGAAGGAAAGCAGUUUGUGGAUUGUGAGAUGAAUGUAGCUCGAAAAAAGGAAAAUUCUCAAAUAGAACAUGACCAAGAAAAAGGAAAAAUACAAUCAGAAAAUAAUCAACGUAAAGGUAAGAUUCAGCCAAAAAAGGAAGCUGAUUCAGUUCACGAGAAGAAAGACAUUUUUCAGAAAAAGACUCCAGUUACAGAAGAAAAGCAUGAAAGGAAAGAUAUCAGUGUUGAAGACUGCAUUUGGCACUACGGUAGUAUCUCGCAAGGCAUCGCAAUGACGCUUCAGAAAUCGGUUCUCAUCACCUACGACGUUCUCUACAUAAAUGGCCAAAGGAUACCUGCUACGGACACUGUGGCAAAUUAUUCCGAAAAGGGAAGUACAGUGAGCGUUGCAGCCGUGCCACUGGUGCCUCCCUGUCAGGUUCUAGGAGUUACUGUGACUCACAAGGCUCUUGCAGCAUGGCAGGGAACCAAACCCGAGUGCGUGGAAGAGAUAGUCGAGGCUUACGCGUCUGGAAGUGAUGUCCAGCCAGGCACAAGGGUCAUCCCUGAGACGGAAAUACAGAGGAGCGUCUCUUGUGAUCGGGUAACAAAUUCUGCUCCAUCUCUGCACCAAAAUCAUGCUGCAACUGAAAAUCUGUCAGAAUCUUGCUGUGUUGAAUAUAUAGCUGCAUAUCGUUGGAAAAUAGCGGGGAUAUCUCAGGGACUCCUCUGCAGGAAAAGUAGAGUAGUUCUCGUCAAACACGAGGUCUUUUUUGUUAACAAGCUUAGGGUACCAAAUACUGACCCACUGUCAAAGUUUGCAGAUAUAGAGAGUAAAGAGAGUUUUGUGAAUGCACUGGUGGUGCCGGUGUCAUCCCCACAGGUCAUUUUAGGUCAUAACGUCACUCACGAGGCACUGGUGGCAUGGUGUGGGAAAAAGCCUGAUGAGGCAAACAGCUACGUGGAAGAAUACUCCAAGGAAAAAGGCAAGCGCUCUCACACUCCCAACUCUCCCAUGAAAACGUCUUCCCUUCAAGAAAUAGGAAAUACAACAAGAGCCCUGCCUAAUCCUACAGAUGGAAAGAUAUCGUCGACUGAAAAGAUGAAAUUCUCUGGGAAAGACGAAACAAAGGGAAGUGUUAGCGCUGUAGUUGCCAGUGGUUUGCCAAAGGCAAAGCCGACAGCAAACAACAGAAAACCGGAACCGACCCCAAAGAAGAAAGUACCCGACAAGCAGCCCCAGAAGAAAACUAAGCCCAGACACGGACAAGGGAAGUUGCAGAAGGUCGUCGGCGAUCACGGCAUCUUGGAAAUCCGCUGCAAAAAUAUAGAAGGAGAAAGAGCAAUGGUGGCGUUCCAUCGGUCAGUCACCUUCCUUUAUCAGCGGAGAGUUGAUCCAAAGAAGGGUUUGGAGGAGCAGCUCUCCCCACACCAGGCUGAUGGCAAAGACUUCUUCUGUCACUUUAUAGACCAUGGCAUGAACAUGGGAGGUGUCGCCUGCCAGUACAAGGCUACGAUGGUGUGGUUAGGAACGAAACCAAAGACUGUCAAAGAACAGGCUGCAGAGACUCGUGUUGAUAAAAGUCAAAGUACAGAAAAAAAUAACAAGGCCACUGGUGUUCUAAGGAUACAAAAUGCGGCCGGCACACUCGCACACGCCACAAGCCAGGUGGCGGUUCUGAAGGUAAAUAACGUGGCGUUGAAGGACGGCACGGCUUUCGUCUUCGUCAAGGGCACGGAUGUCUACGUCCACCAAAGGAGACUCCAGGAUGCGAGCGAAAUGACCAGACAUCUCAUUUGGCAGUGCAACAUCAGAGCCUGGAAGAAGCCAAGCACUCCCGUGAAGGGCUUCGUGUGCCACUACCAGGCUGAGCUGGCUUGGGUGGGGAAGAGGCCAAAGAGGGAUGAUGGGAAGAGCAGUGCAGACAACUCGCAGGAGGGACCUGUGAAGGCUAAAAAAAUCCCGUUGUUACCUACACCCGGACUUCCAAGGAUCGAAAAUGCCCAGACAACCCUCGUGUAUGUUAAGGGCCAGAGAGCAGUCCUGAGAGUGAACAACAUGACUAAAUUGCCACUCUAUGCCUCCGCCCAUUACACGAAUGCCUACGUCCUUCGGGAAAAAGUGCAGAACCCGAACGACAUGCUCCGACAUAACCACUGGAACUGCAACCUUAAGAAGUGCGAUCAGAGUGGCCUUUCCGUAGAUGGCUUCGUGUACCAGUACGAGGCUGAGCUGGCUUGGGUUGGGGAGAGGCCAAGCCAGGGGGGGAAGGACGGGGGGAGCCAGACCUCGUUGGGAGAAGGGCUGGAAUCUCUUUCGAGUAUGUAUGAAGACCUGUUUCCUGUCAUCGGCCCUGAAGACAACACCAAAAUAGUAAAUCUAUAAUGAUGACUGACACCUUGAUUGACCAAGGUUCAGAGACGGACACGAGUCUUGUGAUGAAUUGAAGCUUCGAAUCUGUCUCAGCCUCUGCAAAACGCGCGGCUAUUGACCGGAUGUUCGAAACGGAAUUCGGAACAGGUUCGAUACUACUCUGAUGCCUCUCUCGGUUCUCCCCCACUUAUGCACUGCUGUUUGCUACUUUGAGUCCAAUCUACUUCGAAUGGCAGCCCCCCCCCCCCUCUCUCCUCUCUCUCUCUCUCUCUCUCUCUCUCUCUCUUCUCUCUCUCUCUC